AUGCACCCGGAUAACGACCUCCCUGCUCUCUCGACCUGUACGACCUGCAGAUUCGUGGAAGACAAAUCGAACUACUGGACUGCCGCAUUGUACUUCCAUCAUCCUAAUGGAAGUUUCAUUCGGGUUCCACAAAUGUCGAACCACAACACAGGCCCCGGACUGCAAUCCGGAGGCAUGACCAUCUACUACUUCCAACCCAACGGGGGUAUCCCAUUCACGAUCUUCCCGAAGGGAUUCCGCAUGAUAGUUGGAAAUCCUAUGAGACGCAGUGACGACAUCGACCCUAGGGACACGGCGGCUCAGGCGACGACAUUCAGAUGCUUCGAAGGUGAGGACCCGGGUAGCAUAGGCGCUCCAGGAGCUUUCCCGGAUACGUUCGAGUUCCCCAAGACACCUUGCAGCGGCGGUAUUCGUUCGAACAUCUAUUUCCCUCAAUGCUGGGAUGGCGUGAACAUCGACUCACCCGACCAUUCGAGCCAUGUCGCCCAUCCUAUCGGUGGUUUCUUUAACACCAACUGCCCCGCAAGUCACCCAGUCAGGCUUCCAUUACUGUUCAUCGAGAUUAACUGGGACACGCGGCCAUUCAACGACCUCUCUCUGUGGCCAGAGGGUGGUCAGCCUUUCGUUUUCGCCAUGGGCGAUCCGACUGGGUUUGGGCAACACGCGGAUUACGUCUUCGGUUGGGAAGGCGAUUCUCUCAAGCGCGCGAUGGAUGCAUGCACGUCAGGCGAUGGUAUCCCGUGGAACUGCCCCGUCCUCACAUUGCAGGAUACGGAGGACAUGAACAACUGCAGGCAGCCAGAGAAAGUAGCCGAAGUCGUCGAUGGAGCAUACAUUGACCAACUUCCUGGCUGCAACCCACUCCAACGUGGCCCUGCGCAAGCGACUAUGGUCCCAAGCUGCGACGCCCCUUCGACAACAAUUGAAGCGCCAAUGCCCACCGAACCUCCCGUCGCAGUAAACCCUCCCUGGGCGGUCUGCAACGACGGUUCUGAACCGAACCCGCUUCCAAUCAACCCGUACUGCUCGGAUUAUCCUCUCCUCACGAGAGCACCUCAGGCGCAGCCCACUGUCCCACCAGCCGCCUGA